AAAUAUAAUUACAGCUACGGUCAGGUAUCUAUUAUUGUAAUCAAUGUUGCUUAACCUGACUAUUAAUCUGUCAAAAAGCCGGCUUAUUAAAUAUGCUGAUUCAUUUAUUAAUAAAUACAAAAAACUUUCAACGGGAGUCUCUAAAUUUAACAGUGUCCAACCGGCAAAAUCAAUUAAUGCUAUGGAAGACAAAUCAAUAUAUCUGCUUCCCAAUAAUCAAAGAUUUGUUGAACUAGAUAGUUCGCAAGCAUUUGAAAAUUUGACCAAUCAGGAAAAGCUCUAUGCUCAUUAUUUAAGUAAGGCUGCUUGGAAUGGUGGACUUAUUGUACUUUUGCAAACAAGUCCCGAGUCACCUAAAAUUUUUUCAUUGCUACAUAGAAUUUUUCUGGCUGAGCCUUUAGAUGAUUUGAAGAAAUCUGCAAUUGGUGCAGGAGUAGCAGAAGAUGAUUUUCAGGCAUUUCUAGUGUAUGCUGGUGGCCUUUUUGCAAACAGUGGAAAUUAUAAAGGAUUUGGUGAUACUAAGUUCAUUCCAAAUCUAUCAAAAGAGACAUUUGAGUCAAUAAUAAGAGCAUCAAAAGCGUAUGCAAAUGAUAACAUACAUAUCACGAAAUUAUGGGAAAACACAAAAGAUGCCAUAUUCAGCAUCGCACCAAGAUUAACAAGUCUCGGCUUGUCAGAUAAAGGUGUAACUACAUACUUUUCAAGUAACUGCACAGAAGAAGAUUCUAAUCUAGUUAAUGAUUGGAUGAAGACAAAGCGCAUCGAGGCAUAUAUCUGUCGGACAUUCAAAACUGUUGCUGAUGAUGGAUUACCAAUAUACACAAUUCAUUUGGCCAGUGUCGAGAAGAGUGCUAAACCCCCACUUACAAUGGAAAAAGAAAAGUACAAAAAUGCAUACUUUCAAGUAACACGUGGUGACUAUUCUCCCUUACUAAGUCUUGUAAACGAGAACUUGAAAAAGGCUAUAGAAUACGCGUCCAAUGACAAUGAAAGGAAUAUGUUGAAACAUUAUAUUAAUAGCUUCCAAGAGGGUGAUCUGAAUGAACAUAAAGAAGGCAGCCGGUACUGGAUUAAGGACAAGGGACCAAUAAUCGAAACGUAUCAAGGCUUCAUAGAGACGUACCGUGACCCGAGCGGGCAGCGCGGCGAGUUCGAGGGCUUCGUGGCGAUGGUCAACAAGGAGAUGUCGCAGAAGUUCGGCCAGCUCGUGGAGGGUGCGGAGAACUUCAUCAAGCUGCUGCCCUGGGGGCGUCAGCUCGAGAAGGACUCCUUCCUGCGCCCCGACUUCACUUCGCUCGACGUGCUCACCUUCUCCGGCAGCGGCAUCCCGGCCGGCAUCAACAUUCCAAACUAUGAUGAAAUCCGCCAAAACGAAGGAUUCAAGAAUGUGUCGCUCGGCAACGUGAUCCCGGCCGCGUACAAGGAGUCCGUCAUUCCCUUCCUAUCGGACGAUGAUAAGAAACUGCUCGAGAAGUACCGAGUGCCGGCUUUUGAGGUACAAGUCGGUCUCCAUGAACUUCUUGGACACGGCAGUGGGAAGCUGUUACGACAGAACGCCGAUGGAACAUUCAAUUUUGACAAGGAGAAAGUUAAGAACCCGCUCACGGGAAAGGAAAUAGAAUCGUGGUACACCGACGGGGAGACUUACGACAGCAAGUUCACGACGCUGGGUUCCGCCUUCGAGGAGUGCCGCGCAGAGGCCGUCGGCCUCUACCUCUCGCUCGAGCCGCAGAUACUCAAAAUCUUCGGUUACGAGGGUGAGGAGGCACAAAACGUCAUGUACGUGAACUGGCUUAGUCUACUCUGGAACGGCGCUGCAAAGGCGACGGAGAUGUACCAACCCGCUAACAAAAUCUGGUUACAGGCUCAUGCAAGAGCGCGGUUCGUUUUGAUGCGGUUGUUGGAGUUAGAAGGCAAUGGACUGCUUACCGUCACCGAGGUGGAACCUGGAAAGAAUUUGCUUCUCACAUUGGACAAAAGUCGCCUGGCCACAGACGGGAAAAGAAUUAUUGGCGAAUUCCUCGUUAAACUUCAAACCAUCAAGGCGACGGGCGACGUGGCGGCGGGCGAAAAAUUAUUCGAUACCUACAGCCGCCUCGAGCAGCCCUGGAACAGCUGGAGGGACAUCGUCAUGAUGCACAAACAGCCCAGGAAUAUAUUCGUCCAGCCGAACACAGUGCACGAAGGAGACAGCGUGCAGCUGAAGCGCUACCCGGCCAGCGCGGAGGGCAUGGUGGCGUCGUGGGUGGAGCGCUUCCCCGCCGCCGCCGUGCACGACGAGCUGGAGCGCCUCGCCGACCACGAGCGCGCGCACUUCGCCGACCUGCAGCGUCUGCUCUGAGCACCCCGACCUGCAGCGUCUGCUCUGAGCACCCCGACCGCUGCAGCGUCUGCUCUGAGCAUACACCGGCACUUGUGAAAUGACUACUAUCUUUGCAAAUAUAUUUUAUACGAAGCA